AGUUUGUAGAUUCCUAUGACAGUUUUCUGGAAAGUUCUUGCUUAAAACCGUGGGUUUCCUUUUAGAGUUUAGACUUCAGUUUCCAAAGUCCAAACCCCGCUGGGGUCAUUUGCUUCGUUUUCCUUUAACAGAUAUAGAUUACAAGACUAUAAUAACUUAAGCCCCCUUUGGCAUUGAAGGAGAUGGGGUUUUGGACCUUGUUGGAAGGUUUUCUUCUCUUUGCAAAUGCAUUGGCAAUACUAAAUGAAGAUAGGUUCCUUGCUAGAAGAGGAUGGACAUUGGCAGAAAUGACAGGCCCUCAGAGGAAUUCCCUUAAAGGACAAGUCUUGGGACUCAUAUAUGCAUGUCAAUUUUUAAGACUCCCCCUUAUAGUUUUGAAUGUCAUAAUUAUUAUAGUGAAGCUCUUCUCUGGAUGAGAAUUUUGAAUAUGUAUCACUCUGUUCUCUUCCUUCUUCAUGUUGUGUUUCAUGUGUAAAUUUGAGCCUUGUGCUUCUCCCCUGAUAGUUUAACUAUUAUAUGAAGUUCAAUUCUGAGGUCCACUCAGUAGAAUUUUUCAUCA